CCUGGUACAAUAUUUACUAUUCACGGCGGUUGUACACGCGCUGAUGAGAGUAUUGAUCGAGGUUGAGUGGGUGUACUAAGCGCGGCUCUCGGUAGAGCUCCACACAGGCUCACGGCGAGCGAACACCAGUCAAUACAUUUCAACACUCCAUAAGGGCGCCGGGUCCCCUUGAGUUUGACGUGAUAUGUGUGAACAGCUAUCAGGCCAGGUAAGGAGGACAUUCGUCUAAUGAGGAAAGGCCUAUACCCUGUGUGUUCAUCAGAUCUACUUCGCCGCUGAUAAACUUCUACGGAUAUGUUUACAUCUGAUCAACGUGGCGGUUUACCUGAAGCCAUAUGGUACAGGUGGACCAGGUGUAAAGGAAUCGUCCGCGACCUUUGACUGAUAAAGCUGUGUUGAUAUGCUGUGUAAAUAUGCUGUGAAUGGAUGCCUACUUGUGGAAUCAUAUGGCGGUUCUAGGCGAUGUAUUUGUGAGUUUUAUUUGGAAUAUGUCUGUAUUUUGAAAACUUGGCGUCAUACAUUCAUACUGCUAUGAUGACUGAUAUUUCUUACACUUCAAAUCAUGCAGUACCUGUGCUAAACACCUCGCUCGGGCCCGAUACUAAUGGUACAGCAUUCUUUGACGUCUGCAGGGUCAGCAACGUCAAUUCCACCAACGAUGCCCAACCGGACACCCUCGACGAAGUCAUAGUUUUUGUCAAUUUGUAUAUCCCCCCGAUACUCAUCAUAUUCGGGAAUGUUUUCAACGUGCUCGCCAUCAUGGUCAUGCGCCACAAGUACUUCCGGAAUCUGUCCACUUCCGUUUACAUGAUGGCUGGAGCGGUCAACGAUGCUUCAAGUCUUCUGAUCUCCUUGAUCGCUCAUUGGGUGUCAGUAAAUUUCCCAGAAGCCAUUGCGAGAAACAAGGCUAUGGAUGUUAUGUGCAAGUUCUUCAACUUUUAUGGUUGGGGAAACUGUGACUUCAGCAUUAUGGUGACAGCCGCCAUGACGGCUGAUCGAGCGUACGCAAUAAAAUAUCCUUUAAAAAAUUCUUCAGCAAACAGUAUCAAGCGGGCUAAGAUUGUCAUAGCAGUGCUAGCAGUUGUUGUAGUGCUAAAGGAGUUCCAUUUCUGGUUUACGUCCGUCAUCGUGCCGGCGGACAGGAAAGACAGAAUGUGUGACGUCGAUCUAUCCUCUCUGUCGUACUGUCAUUUCUAUCACCAGGUCUGGCCGUGGAUCCAUAUAGCAUUCCUGUCCUUGUGUUUCCUCGUCAUCAUCUUCAGCAACUGCAUCAUAAUAAAAAGUGUCAAAAACGCCGGUGGGAAAAGUUUCCGAAAAACUAUGAAAAACAACAAUUCGGAAGUUUCGGCUAGAAGAAAUACAAAGUCCCGGUUAAAAUGGCGGCAAAUAACGGCCAUGUUGUUGGCCGAUUCGUUUGCUUUGUUACUUUUGACGUUUCCAUUCUCGGUGCAUCUUGCCGUGACCUUGAAAAUGAAAGCCGAAGGUCCGGAGGUACAAAAAAUCAAUGGAUACGUGUUUUCUAUGGUUCUAUAUCUUCUGUAUUCCAACAAGUGUGUGAACUUCUGCCUUUACUGCAUGACGGGAUCGCGAUUCAGAAUGGCGCUUCGCGAGGUCAUCGCGUGCAAGAGGUUACGUUGCCAAGGGGGAAAACUCUUUACCGUUCUCACAAAAUCCCAAUAUCAGGGGAGCACCUUCACUGGGAAUAAUACAAGCACGCCUAACUCAUCGUCGCCUGGCAGCUCUCUGAAGAGAGAACAUGAGGAAUGUGAAGAGACGGACAAAUUCUAAACCAGUUUCAAAUAGGUGUCUGGUCUUGAAUUAAUUCUCGUAAGUCUUUGACUGGAAUCAGUCUUAGUUUUCUCAGAAAAAUUAAAUCAAACAAACCUGAAAUAUUUUUUUAUUAGUGCUGUGUUCCGAUUGCAGUAAAAUAACCUUUUUAUAGAUUAAUAUUGUGACAUUUAUUAUGGUUUGUUACACAUGGCCAUAUACCCACAACGCCUUUGUCAGACAGACGGACAUGUUUAUUCAGUAUUUCGGCCUUGUGGCCCAGAGUAUAAUUCAUUGAACAGAAUAAAACAUUAUAGACAUUUGCUAAGUUAAAAACUCUUUGAAAUAUACCGUUCUCUCCAAAGAGUGACGUGACUGCAAAUGUACUGACAGAAGGCUAAACUGUCGUCAUUUAGAUGGUAAAUCAUCAUGUAGCCGUGUUGAACCAUUGUGCGGGAGGAAUAUUGCUGGGUAUGUCUUAGAAAAUAACGAUGCCACGUUGUUUCAGUUGGCCUUCUUGGAAUUGAGUCAAUAUGAUACAUUUUCUUGUUUGCAGUGUCAUUUGUCACCACUCGCCCCUUUCCGUAACGUGCCGUUUGAUUUGUAUGGAAUGGCACGGGUGGUCACGAAUGUAAGUGGUAUACAAAUUGCCCGCACAAAAUGCACAACAGGUAAAUGUUAAUUCCUUUAGAAAGAUUGAAGGAUUUUAGAGGCGCAGCUUCUGAUAAUACUCCCGGUAAUAAUUCUCCACAGAACAGCUUCAGUGAUCAUUCAUCUCAAUCAAUCUCGGAAGGACAUGGCGGAAUCCAUAUUGGAACUACUUUCCUUCACGUGACUAUCACGUGACACAACACAACCUUCGGACAGGUCCGGUCCUUGUCUUCAUGUUUAGAGUGUUUCUGUUCGCUUUUUGCUCCAUAUCUAACUAUAUACCUACAAAACUUACAAACAGAUGUUUCUCAAACCGUCUGACAUGUUAUAUGAAAUAAUAAGCGUUGGUUGUUCAACGCCGCACACACCAAUAUUCCAGCUAUAUGACGGCGGUCUGUAAAUAAUCGAGUAUGGACCAGACAAUCCAAUGAUUAAAAUCAUGAGCAUCGAUCCACGCAUCUAGUAUCGAUGACAUGCAUCAACCAAGUCAGCGAGCCUAACCACCCGAUCCUCUUAGUCGCCUUUUACGCCAAGCAUAGUCGCCUUUAACGCCAAGCAUGGGUUAAUGAAGACCUAUUCUACCCCGGAUCUUCCCGGGUCGAAUAAUAAGCGACAAGAUAUGACAGUUCACAGGCAACGGUCAGCUGACGUCAUUUCACUAGGCUAGUUUUGUCAGAGGUGGUGUAAAGGGAAGUAAACCGACCCGAGUGUUUCAGUGAUGCAAUAUACUGAGGAAUUAUAGCUGAAACUACUGUAUAAUGCAUGCAUACAUAACUUCUAUAUGGAUAGUUUCUUGAAUAUUCAAAUAAUUACCUUAAGAAGUCAAGACGCUAGCAUUAAUAUCCAAGAAGGUAUGUUGAAUAUCAAAUAAUAAUCUUUUAUAUCUAAUUGAAUUUCAAGAUGCAAAUUUAAAGAACCAAAGGGAAUUUAAAAAUAGUCGGUUAAGUUUAAAGGAAAAUCACCGAGGCCACAAAACGUUUCUUUUAUUCUAUUUUUUCAAGAAAUAGUUCACACUGGCCCAUGGCAUCUCAUAUAGGCAACAAUACUUCUAUGACCCUAAUUCGUUUCCGUACUUUCCGCUCAAAACAUUCCUGAACAUCUGUUUCGGCUGAUAAUUGAGACUGAUUGGUCUCUGAUGUUUGUGUGUUAUAUUAUAUGGAUGCAUUCAUAUUGUCAGACAUUGUUUAUGCUGGAAUGUACUUGUGGUGUGUCAUCGUUAAAAUGGUCUCAAGUGUGAUCGUAUGGUCAUAAAACACCUACUAAGGUCAUGUCUCACGUGAGACGUGGUUAGGGUUCUUUUUGUAAAUUGGUUUAUAUUGUUGUGGCAAAUUGUUACAUCUGUUUUUCUGUUGUUGUUUUUUCUAUUUUGUGAGUACAAAAAAAUAAAAUAUUC